AUAUGCUAUUAACCAUGAAAUAUUUGGCAUAACAAAUAUCCAAAUUCUACACUGCCUAAAGACAUAAGGGGAUCUCGACCGUCCAUUCCUUCCUGCAUCUCAAAUCCAACUGUGGCGAUCAUCAAGAUUUUGGCGCCAUUUCUUCACUAGCUUAAUUCCCACUUAAAAUUAGAAAAGAAAGGAAAAAAUAACACAUCUCUUUUGCAGGAAGAAAAAAAUUUAUCCUAUGGAUUCGGGUGCAGGAGAAAGCUCUGCUGCCGACGACUAUGAGUCGUUGAUGUCGACGACCGACGCCGAGCGGCUGAAGAGCGCGUGGCGGAACGAGAAGGCGGCGCCUGAGAUUCUCACAUACGCCGCCGAUUUGGUGCAGAGGUCGCGCCAACAGAUCCAAUUAAUGGAAGAAAUGGUGGAUGAGAUCAACAAGAAUGGUGUCGAUCCACUAACAGUAUCUCUUUACCAGAUGGACUUGGACAGGACCAUGUUCUUGUUGAGAUCAUAUCUCCGCACUCGUCUUCAAAAGAUUGAAAAAUACGUCUUUCUAAUACAGAAAACUGCAGAACAGUGGAAUAGGCUCUCUAAGCAGGAACAGAAAUUUGCUUCGAGGUUUGCUGGAGAUAUAAAGCAUCAUCUGGAGCUGUCUGUACUCUCUAGAUUGCCAGAUCAAUAUCAGUCCCAUUUGAGGCAAUCUGCAGCAAGUGAAGACGACGACAUGGUUCCGGAGCCGCAGCUGGAUGCCUAUGUUGUCUGCAGAAGCAAGAAAUAUUUAGGAGCCUUUCAGCUCGACGACGGUGGAGAAGAGCCUAUUGACAUUGAAGCAGACGAUCUGUAUGCUUUGCCAUACAAGUCUAUAAAACCACUCGUCGAGAGUGGCCAAAUCGAUCUCGUUUGAGCGCCCGAGCGCGGCUGCUGCGGCCGUGUCUGAGAGUGAAGGAGAAUGUGAGAUUGCAAGGACAAAAAAAAUCAUCGAGCUCAUAUACAAUGGCAUUUGUUCAACGCUGUACUUGGUGUUUUUUGUCUUUGUUACCGGCUAUAAGGUAUGAAAUUAUCUACUAUUCAAGAUUAGGGCACGUUGUAUUUAGUCUCCACCGAAAAUGAGUAAAAUCUAAUAAAAAAUCGAUGUAUAUUUUUUUAUUUAGAUUUUUAAUCGACGAAGUCUGUUGACAAACUAAUGUGAUUGUACAAAAUUUAUCAUCUUAUAUAAAUUGUGAAUCGAUGAAGUCUCAUGAAAAAUCAAAA